ACUGAUAAAGACAACUCAUGUUUCCAUUCUAUUUUCAUUACGAAGAUGUAUCACGUCAGGAUCUGUUGCUCAAACCGAAUCACGCCAACGUUAUGGAAGUUCCUGGAUCGUGUAAAAUAAGAGUAGUACCAAAGGCAGCACCUUCUAUCAAAAAUGGAAAAUUGGCUAUGGAGAUUCCGCGCGAUCAGAAAUUAAUACAGACACAAAGAGCUUCGACAGGAAAGUCGUUUCGAUCCAAUCCAUUCUUGGGGUCAAAUAAAGACAAAAAAGGAUAUGUCAGUGACCUAGCACGACAAAGCACUCUCCGAGGGCAUGGAAUGUCUAAUUUUUUGGUCAGAAUCUCCACAGUAAUGUCUCUGUUAGAUUCUCCGGUCGAAAUACGGGAAAACUCUAUUCAAUUCUCAAUGGAAACGGAGUUUUGCGAAUUCUCCCCGGAACUGGAAGAUCAUUUCGAGAUCUUCGAACAUAUUCGAGGGUUCAAUGUAACUAUUGUCACUUCGGCCAACACACAAGAUGAGACUUUACCACCGUGGAGCGGCUUUUUGCAAAAAGAGGAGGCCCAAGUCCAAUCCGAAUAAGCUGUGGAUUGGC